AUGAACAACAAGCAUGGUACAAACACGAACAAAAAGCUAAAACAGUUUAGCACGAAAUCAAGAAGCAAAAGCGCUGCAAACUUCAAGGGAUUGAAUCAAUUGAGAAGAGUCCUGAGUCAUGAUGGAAGUUAUGCGGUUGAUGAUCAUACAAAGGAAAGACCAGGGUCGAUGAAAAAAUCCAAAAGUAGUGAUUCUUUGCACAAGAGAAAGGCAAUAAGCAGUCUCAGUAUGACAGCAUUGGGACGGACUUCGUCGAACUCAAUGAGUCCACAUCAUGAUAAUUGGAGUAAUCUGUCUGGUCCUGCGUCUGGCCUCAAGCCGCUACGGGGAAAUAGCACUAAAUCUGUUCUGGAGUUGCGGGACGGCGAUGAGAUGUAUAAUGAUCACUCAACAACAGACGAAGAAGUGGAAUACUUUACAGAUGAGGAGGAUAAAAGGGAGGGUUCAAGCACAAACGGCAGGAUUGAAAUGCUCGAAAAUGACAGGGUGCAAAAAAAGUCCAGUCAUCUGUCGGGAGCUGACGACAUUGAAAAUGAACGAGAUUCAUCUUCUAAUUCGCAAGUCCAGGAACUGCAGGGCGGCAUGGACGAUACAUCGGGCUCUAGUAGCUCUGAAGAAGAACAAACCUUGUUAGGAACGGAUGCGCCAUCUCAGUCGCAUAAUGUGUCGUCAGAUCUACGAAACUCCAUUUCGCGAGCGGAUAGCAAUAACACCCUAAGAAAUCAGCUUUCCUAUGCAGUACCGUCUCAUCAACGACCUUCAAGCGAUGACCACAUCAGCAACGUUGGAAGUUUGCCCGAGCAGGACCAAUUAACAAGGAAUGGUCAUCACAGUGGCAGGGAACAUUUGGGCAAUCAUAUUUCUAAUGAUGACAGGAUUGAUUCUGCGGAUCGAAUAGAUCAAAAUGGCACCGAAGAAGAUAUUAUCAACGCUCCAAACAACAUUGAAACAAUGGCAAACAGUUUAAAGAGACAUGGUCCGACAACAAAUAGGACAAGAAACUUGGCGUAUGCUGAUGACAACGGAGACAAUGCUAGUGACGAUUAUGAGCAAGAUAAAGGAAACAGAAAUGGCUUGAGAUAUAGCCCGACUAUGAUUUUGUCACAGUCAACCGGCAUAGAAAAACGAUUUGACCGAUCACCACCCUUGGCAGAAGAAACAGGCUCCCGCAUGUUGAAAAAUGACGGCAUUCAAAAUACUACUAACGGGGCUAUCCCCUCAAACAAUAACAACUUCAAGUAUAUCAACAGUGACUUUGCAGCGUCUUUCAAUUCAAAUCAGGGUGUACAACACUUGAGCGAGAGUUCUGUUAAACCCGAUUUUUCCACAUCUAUUUCCAGUUUAUCGAGCCAUCUUUCCAGACCAACGCAGUUGAUGACAGACAACAAGGCCCAAAAAGCGUUGCACCAAAGAGCUGGUCAGAAUUUUGCGACUUCUCACAACAAUAAUCGCCCUCAACUAAACUCCAGAAAGUCAAGUAGUAAGAGGCCCGAUUCUUUGUCGAAUUUCAAUAACUUCUCUCAAUUUUUGCAAACCGAAAGCAACGGAACCGAGUCGCGAACACAACAAAAGCUCUGGCUGCAGCGUGAAAACUCCCUCAUAGAUCUUUCGUCUCAAACUCCAACCUUAGAUACUAUUUUCUUGGCCUCUAACAUAGAAGUCAAAAGAGAGUUUGAAAGAAUAUCGAGAGAGUACACCAACGUUAGACGUUUUAGCAAUCCUGUGACGGCUUCUUUGAACAGAAUAGCUCCUAGAAACAGAUUAGACUCAAAAAAGAAUCGCCUUGCUCUUUCCCAAACACAAGAGCUCGUUAAAGUUUUCAGAAAAGAUGGCUCGCAGAAUCAGCAGUCACUGCAAGACUUUUGCAAGGAAAACUUACACUUAGAUAUUGAUAUCCAGCGAGUCUUGUCAACAAUCUGGAACAAAGAAAGCGCCGCUUUCAACAGAAGUUCUGAACUUCCCGGCCAGAAUGAUCUCAAUCACACGUCAAGCUCUCAUGGAAUGCCGUUGCGCUCACAGACUCGCAACAACUUGAGAACAAGCUACGGGUCAUCAAACAGCAUAAACCAUCAACGCGGCCUAGGAUCCGGAUCACUGCAGCCGACGACUAGGGCUGUCCAUCGGCGCAUGGAAAGCGCAUUCAAUCAACAGCAGAGGCUUUGA